AUAUUUCAAUCAUCUGCAUUUGAUUACUAGAUCCUUUUAAGGAAAGAAGCCAAAGUAAAGAGAAGAAGGUUCCAUUAUAAUGGAGAAUGAAGGUUUAGGAGAGUUAAAUGUGAAGAUUGUAGAUCGUUGCCUGGUGCCACCAUGCAUGCCGUCACCUCAAGACACCCUCUAUUUGUCCAAUCUCGAUAACCAGCCAGUAGUGAGAUUGGUCUUUAAUACGUUGCUUGUGUACGAGGGUUGUGAAAAUAAGUUAGCAGAACCUGCCAAAACAAUUCGGGAGGCUCUGUCAAAGGUGCUGGUGUAUUAUUAUCCUCUGGGUGGCAGACUGAGAAAGAAAGAAGAUGGGAAGCUUCAAUUGGAGUGCACAGGAGAAGGUGUUCUCUUUGUGGAAGCCAUGGUAGACAAUAGCCUAUCAGUCCUCCGAGAUUUGGAAUACCUCAAGCCAUCAUUUAAACAGCUGCUCUAUACGUUCCCUUUCAGUACAGAUGUUGAGGAGCUUCAUCCCAUGGUUAUUCAGGUAAAUCAUUUCACAUGUGGAGGGUUUGUUGUAGCAGUGACCUUCCAUCAUAGUGUAUGUGAUGGACGAGGGUUAGGACAAUUUCUCAAAGGUCUUGGAGAGAUGGCUAGGGGAGAUGCUAUGCCCUCUGUGAAACCAAUAUGGGAUAGAGAGCUUCUUAAGCCAAGUAAGUUGUUGGUUCAUGACUUAGACUUGAUUGAAGAAAAAAGGGGGAGUACAUCUGACUCAUGGCCACCUCCAAUAUCUAAAGAAUCAAUUCAAAUUUCUCUUAGUUUAGAAUCUAAGGCAAUAAAAUGUAUGAAGCAAGUAAUUAUGCAAGAAUGUGGAGAAAUUUGCACUACAUUUGAAAUUGUUACAGCUUUGGUUUGGAGAGCAAGGACAAAGGCACUUGAAAUUCCAUAUAUACAAAGUAUGGAUGUUUUAUUUGCAGUAGAUGGGAGGGAAUCACUUAAUCCACCACUACCAAAUGGAUACUAUGGAAAUGGUUUUGGUGUUGCAUGUGCAAAGGCUACCAUCCAUGAACUCAUGAACCAACCUCUUUCAUAUAUAGUGAGCAUUAUAAAGAAAGCAAAGAUGUCAAUAACUGACAAGUAUCUUAAAUCAAUGAUUGAUGAAGACCAAUUUACUGGUGAUGUUUCUAGUAACCAAGGUAAUAUACUUCUAAGUGAUUGGAGGUGGUUGGGAUUUAAUGAAGUUGACUUUGGAUCAGGAUGGCCAGUGGAUGUAUGUACUAUGCAGUGGAAUGAAAAUGGAUUAAACUUGUCAAAUGGUUUUAUCUUCCUUCCUCCCAAUAGAAAGAUUGAUGAAUUUAAGAUGAUAACAUGGAUGGACCCACAAGAAUUCAUGUUAUUUAAAAUAGAAAUUGAAGCCAUCAUCAACAAAUAUGUUGAAAAAAAUUGAUUAUAUAAGUUGUAAUGUAUAUAAAUUGAUGGUCAGGUCAGACUAUUUGAUAAAUAUCCCAUGAUUUAGUUAUAUUGGGUCAUUUGGAUAGAGUGCAAUUGAUUAUAUAAGGUGAUGAGUAGGCAUACAUGGGUUUAGUGGUUUACCCAUCCAAUAUAUUAUUAGGAGGAUGUCUAUAUAAAGAAGGUGGAUAUAAUGUGGGGAAUGUACAAAAUGUUUGGUAUUGUGCUUGGGAUCUCUUGAAGAUACAAUAUGGAGUGGCUUCUCCCUUAAGGCGAAUAAUAUGCUCUAAAAUGUUAUUUUUUUUCUCCAUAUAUUGGAUAUUAUGUUACCUUGCCCUACAAACA